AUGGUUGGCAUCUCCACACUCGCUUUUCUUACUGCAUUGGCUACUGCCAAUGCUCAAUUGGGUCAACCAAUUUUUGAGGAGAAACAGUUCUCCCAGCAAUUUUAUGAUAAUUACAACCUUUUAAAGCACAUUGGUGGUAACGGUCCUUAUAGUGACAGUGAGGGAUAUGGUAUUAAUCGUGAUGCCCCUGCCAGUUGUGAGGUGUCUCAAGUCAUCAUGCUUCACAGACAUGGUGAGAGAUAUCCAGAUCCCAGUGUCGCACAGGGAAUGGUUGGUAGUUUCAAAAAGCUUAAAGCUUCAAACAAAACUUUGGUAGGCUCUCUUGCAUUCGCCAAUUCUUGGGAGACAUUUUUGGACAAUCCUGACAUUUGGGCAGAGGAAACUGUCAGUGGACCCUACUCGGGCUUACUCAACGGAUUCCACAGAGGUGUUGUCUACCGUUCAAGAUAUGGUCAUCUUUGGAAUGGUGAGAAUGUCCCCAUUUUUUCAUCUGGUUAUGAGCGUAUUGUUGAGACUGCUAGAAGAUUUGGCGAAGGUUUCUUUGGCUAUAACUACUCCACCAAUGCUUAUGUGAACAUCAUUCCUGAGGUUGCUGAUCAAGGUGCUAACUCUCUUACUCCUACCUGUUUCACCGGCAAUGAUUCUCCCACUCCUAAUUUGAACAACUUGACGCAGUUUGCAGUUGCUGCUGAAAGACUUAACAGAGAGAACGUUGGACUCAAUUUGACUGUGAGCGAUAUUUACAACCUUAUGCUUCUCGCACCUUUUGAAUUGAACGGUCGUCCCUUCUCUCCUUGGUUCAACGUUUUUACCCUCGAAGAGUGGAUCACUUUUGGAUACUAUAAUGACUUGAACUACUUCUAUGGCACUGGUGGUGGUCCAGGUGCUAAUAUUUCUCUCCCUAUUGGGUCAGUCUAUGCUAAUGCCACCCUCUCCUUGUUGAAUGACCCCAAUGCUGGAAAGUUAUUUUUCUCGUUCUGUCAUGAUACUAAUAUUACUCCCGUUUUGGUCGCCCUUGGUCUUUUUGUCCCAAAGAAUGAUUUACCUCUUGAUCAUGUUGACUUUCAUUCUAUCUAUAAGUCAGGAAACUUUGUUCCCAUGGGCGGUCACCUUGUUCUUGAGAGACUUGAAUGUAAUGCCACUUCUCAAUUCCCUAAGGGUACAUACGUCAGAACUGUGGUCAAUGAGGCAGUGAUCCCUCGUGAAAAUUGUCAGAAUGGUCCUGGAUUCUCGUGCCCUUUGAAGGACUACACCAACAUCGUCCAAAACCUCACAGUCGAUUAUGUUACCGAGUGUCAAGUUCCUCCUGAGUAUCCUCAAUACCUUUCAUUCUUCUGGAACUACAACCAAAGUACUGCUCUUAACUACCAUAAGGGUGACAUCCAGGCUCAAACUGGCCUUAUCACUUGGGAUGACCAACCAAUUGAGUAA